AUGAAAAACCUUACAGCUGUGUGCAAUGGGAAGAGUUUUGGUCAAUCUGGCCAUCUGACUCAACACAGGAGAAUACACACAGGAGAGAAAUCUUAUAGCUGUGAUCAAUGUGGGAAGAGUUUUGGUCAAUCUGGAGAGCUGACAGUGCACCAGAGAACACACACAGGAGAGAAACCUUAUAGCUGUGUUUUAUGUGGGAAGAGUUUUGGUCGAUCUUGCCAUCUGACUCAACACAAGAGGAUACACACAGGAGAGAAACCUUAUAGCUGUGACGAAUGUGGGAAGACUUUUAGUCACUCUGGAGAGCUGACAGUGCACCAGAGAGCACACACAGGAGAGAAACCUUACAUCUGUGUUCAAUGUGGGAAGAGUUUUGGUAGAUCUUUCCAUCUGACUAGACACCAGAGAUUACACACAGGAGAGAAAUCUUACAGCUGUGUUCAAUGUGGGAAGAGUUUUGGACAAUCUGUCCAUCUGACUCAACACCAGAGAAUACACACAGGAGAGAAACCCUAUAGCUGUGGUCAAUGUGGGAAAAGAUGUACUACAUCUGGCUCUUUGACUCUACACCAGCGAACACACACAGGAGAGAAAUCUUAUAGCUGUGAUCAGUGUGACAAGAGAUACUCUGAUAAA